GAAUGAACAUGGCGACGUGCAUCUCCUUCCAGACGCAGCUCUCCUCCGUCAUGGAGGUGCUGCUGAAGGCGGCCGUGGCGGACAUCUCCAAGCUGGUCGAUGACAAAUGCGCGUUCCUGCAUGUGGAGAUCUCCCGGAAGCAGAGCGAGGUGGAGAUGCUGAGGAGGAAGCUGCAGACGAUGGAGAAGAAGAACACGCAGCUGCAGCGCGGCUUCGAGAACUACAUGGACCGAGGGACGGAUGUAGGGACCAACUGUCGUCAUCACUCAGGAGACAUUAAGUUUCCAGAGAUGGAAGAUGUCGCUGUUUCCUUCACGAUUAAAGAAGAGAGUCCAGAUGAGCCGUUGUGGAUCAGUGACACCGCCGGACCCAUGGGUGGUUCUGUUCUGUACUCCAACCCAGGUGCCUUGGGGGAGAGCCAGCAGCUGGAAGAGGGACGUCACUUAUCCCAUCCAGAGGUCUCCAGGCUAAAACCAUCCGAGUUCAGCGACUUGUACUCGGGUCAUCACGCAGGACAGAUCAGCGGCCUUCACUUCACUGUCAAGACGGAGAAGGAGGAGGAGGAGCGAUCGGGCUUCAGUCAGGACGGAUGUCAGCACGGCGCCGGGAAGCAGAAUCAACUCGCCGCUGACUUCUCCAUCGACGAGCGAGAGAAUCAACUCUGGUCGUCCAUAAUCGAAGGCAACGACAUUGAGGCUGGGUUUCCCGACUUCUCCAGUAUGGUGGAGGAGUAUUCCAGCACGUUCCCGGAGCACUCGGACGCCGCUGUGGUUUCGAACAGCAGCAAGUCCACCGGUGUCCAGCAGCCGUCCUCUCAGAGGCCGUGCAACGGGCUCUACAGCGCUGAGUAUCAGAAGGACGUCCCGCAGUCCUCCGGGUUUCAGAGCAGAGCUCCGGGCGCGCUCCCUCAGCCGGACCGGCAGAAGGAGCAGCUGUACUCGCAGAGGAGCGGGUCGCACGCUGGACACCUGAGGCCGCCGGACGAGCACCCCGAGAGGGACGCCACAUCCGGAGACCGACCGGCCGUGACUCACUCCCACAGCACGUUCACGCCGAGCAGCUACCACAACCCGCACAAGGCCUACUCCGCCGCGGCGCGGGGCUACGUCUGCUUGCAGUGCGGGAAGACGUUCAGCCGCCUGCACCAGUUCAAGCUGCACCAGCAGAGCCACAGGAGGAAGCGAUCGUUCUGGUGCACGGUGUGUGGGAAGAGCUUCCAGUGCUCGUCCCACCUCAGCAUACACCACCGGACGCACACGGGCGAGAAGCCGUUCGGCUGCGGGCAGUGUGGGAAGAGGUUCACGCAGCAGAGCAGCCUGAGGGUCCACCAGCGCACCCACAGCGGCGAGCGGCCCUACAGCUGCUCCCAGUGCGGGAAGACCUUCAUCCUGAUGCACCACCUGAAACGCCACAGAAUCAUUCACACGUACAGCUGA